UCUCUCUCUCUCUCUUCUCUAGUCCUCUACUCACCUCUCUUCUCGACUGCCUGUUGCUCUUCAUGCCUUCUUACACUUCUCUUGCUGACAAUCCUGGCACCUCCUUUUCCGUUGAUGUCCGACACCUGUAUUGUGUGCUUAGGAGACCUUGGCGAAGGCGCCAGCGAUCCUCGUGCUGUCGUCCCCGUUCCCGCGCCAAGACCUGACCUGGCUGUUGAUGGCAAGUCCAGUGUCCCUUCGUUCAAGGCUGAUGACGUGGAUGGCUCCGAGGAUGCUGGUCAGAUCGCCCAGUUGCUCCCUUGUGGUCAUAUCUUACAUAACAAUUGCUUGAAGCCUUGGGUCGAGCGAGCCAACAGCUGUCCGAUAUGUCGCCGCAGCUUCAAUCUCGUCGAGUUGAGCGAGAGGCUUGGAGGCCCCGUUCUUUCGUCCUAUGCCGUGCAGGACCGUGUCCAGGUGGCCGAGGUCGAUCCCUCGAUGAUCAUGGAGUUCGUUGAGGAUGACCUCGCCGAACACCAACCGUGUCCCGUUUGUGGCGAUGCCGAUAAUGAGGAGCUGCUGCUACUCUGCGAUCGGUGCGAUGCCCCCUAUCAUACCUACUGCGUGGACCUCGACGAGGUACCGCCGGGGCCGUGGUACUGCGCUCGGUGUGAGGCCCAGCGGGCCUCAGGCCCCGCUCCCCUCGCCACCGACAGUGCGGCUCGCCCCCAGGAACGACGGGGUCGUCGCACUCGGGCGCAGCAGCGGCGGAUGCAGAACCGGAGCCAGCUGAACUCCCUUCACUGGGCCCAGGUGUGGCAGUCCGUCUGGGAUCAUCUCAACAUCGACCUGGACUUCCCCUUCGAUGAUGACCGGGCCGCGGAGCGUGUUCGGCAGCAACAACGACGCGAGCAGGCGAACCAGCGGGAGUUUCGUGCCUGGCAGCGGCGCUUCGAAGUGGCGGAGCGCCAGGGAGCGCCCCAUCGUUUUCGGGACGCCGCCGCUCUGCUCGACAUCGAAGCCCCUCGUCCGUCGCGGCCCCGUGCCCCCCGGGAACCGACUCCGGAGCCCGAGUCCCUAGAGGAGAUGCGGGCGUGGAACGCCUUCGAGCGGGCCCGGGAGAUUGAAAAUGAGCCCGGCCCGUCGAGGAAACGAAAAGAGCCGACCAUGUCACCGUCCCCCGAGCCGGCAGAGCCGCAGCGGAAGCUCAAACGUCCGCGGACCCGCAGAGCCCAGGAUCUCGCCGUUCUGGCCUCGCAGAAUGGGGAGUCUUCGCGAGCGGCCGGUGCCCAGGUGUCGGCCCGCAUCAACGCGGAGCCCUCGACCGAGCCGAGCUUCCUCCAGUCCCUCUUGAAGGAAGUUGAGGACUCCCGGGCCAUCUCUCCAAUGCGUCUCUCGUCGCCCGUCGACUCGCCCUCUCCACCCUUCUCGCCGGACGUGUCGCCGUCUGGCUCUCGUCAGCGGUCCCGAGGCUCACCGCCCCUCCCAACCGACGGUGCACGGCGUCGGGCUCCUCGCCCUGCAUCUCGUUUGUUCGCCGGCCGGGCAAACGACAGUUCACCCACCCGACCGGGCCUCGCCUUGGAGGUCAAAUCCGACAUUCAGAAACUGGUGGGCACCGCCCUGAAACCGUACUACCGCUCCAAGAUCAUCAGCAAACCCGAGUACACCGAGAUCAACCGGACCAUCUCACGAAAAUUCUACGAGCGCGUGGGCGACGUGGAGACACUAGAUCCGGAAGCGAGGGCGAACCUCGAGCGGUCCGCCAAGGACGAAGUCGACCAGGCGGUCGACGCCGCGCGACAAGCGAAACAGCAGAGCGACGGCAUCGUCUCUGCUGAUGAUAAUACUUCUUGACGUGUCUUCCUUGCUUUUUCUCUUUUCUCUUGCUAGCGUUUCAGCGAUUUGGUCGGGUUUGGAUAGGCCCUGGCGUUCGAUAACGAUUGAUGUCUGGGAUUAGUGUAGGAUAGGUAUGGAUAUGGAUAUAGGAUACCCAAUGGGAAUCUGGACGGUUGUUCCAUCGUGGUGACUGUAUAGUUGCCUUGAGAUGUUUGAUUACUAUCAUGAUUCUAUCUCCC